AACUUGAGUUGCUCUACCCUAAGCUUUUACCAUAUAUGGAGUGAGUCAUGCUAAGGAAGGUAGAGGAAUCCUAUGAGCAAAAGGUCUUGAAAGCUACUGUACUAUGUGUGGACUGUCUUCCAGUUACAGGACCAUAAAAUAAUGUAGGUUGUAAAGGUCCCCUGGGAGCCAUCUGGUCCAGCUGCAAAGCAGGGCCAGCUUAGAGCAAAUCGUGGAGAGAGCGAGCCUUGUCCAGUUGUUUUUUGAGUAUCUGUAAGGAUGGAAUUUCCUCAGCCUGUGAUCCACGGUUUGGUUACCCUCAGGUUAAGGAGCGAUUCCUAAUAUUGAAAAGCAUGAUGUCACCCACUAUAUUGCAUUUGAGGCGACAAGGUUCAGCACAAAGUCUUAGCACAAAGGGAACAUGGCUUGUGACAAUCCAGGAAAAGUCUGGAGAAAAACAGAAGUAAAACUGAUUUCAGUUAAUGUGAACUGAUGGACAAAAUGAUACGAAAUACAAUAAUUCCAGGACCAGAUCUGUAAAAUUUUUCCCAUAUGUUGUUGAGAAACUAUGGAGCUAUGACACAAAUAAGAAUUUCGUUUGCCUAGUAAAGCUGCCUUAUUUUGGCAGAAUUUUGGCAGGUAGAAAUACAACUGAUAAAAAUUCAGCCUUACAGAGAAUUAUUUAAAUCCUUAGUAUUACGCAUCAGGAGUGAUUCCACUGACUUCAGCAAGACUGUAUUAGUUAAACGCUUCAGCAUUGCUUCAGCAAGCUUGUAUUAAGUUAAAUAUAUGUGAACCUUGUAGGAGUGGAGCCAAGAGAAGAAAUUAAACUUUGUGCCUGACUGUAUUUACUGGUGCCCUGUCAGAGAGAGUGUAUUAACAAUGCAUGGUUGUGUUGCUUCUGACAUGGUGUUAUCUGAGUGUAUGUGUUAAAGUAUUUGGAGGAUAUUGUUGAUUUAUAGGAUUACUGUUAUUUUUCUGAUUGUUGUAGCAUCAAGAUUCUGAUCAUCUAGAAAAUGAGCAGCCAAGGGUGAUGCAAAUCAAGAUGCCAAUUUAUUAUCCUUUUUCACAUUCCGUGCGGCUUCCGUACAUCUUUUUCCUUUAUGAAGCCUUCAUAUGACCUUAUUUUUAAGAUAGUUUAAAUCUGUAUAAAUAUGCAUGCCUCUGAGUCUAUAAAUACCAAACAUUAUUAAAAUAUGUAGACUCUCCAAAGUACAGAAAGCUAUUUCUAAAAAAGGACUAUACUACAGAUACUUAAUUAAACCCAGGAAAACCAGAAGUUGCAAAAGUGUUCAGGUUUUUCAGGAGUCUCCUAUCCUGCUGUAUUCUUUCCCACAGUGGGCUGCAAGAUGGAGGGUUUACAUCUUUGUGCUUUCUGCUCCAUCUUUAUUUAGUUUCAGAGUCAAGGUGGGAUUCCCUUAGGGAGGUUAAUUGGAGGAACAGAGACACCUUCUGCAGAGAGGAAAAUCUCUAAUAUCGCAGAGAUUUGCUCAAAUUUGUAUUUAUGUGGGUUAAGCUCCUGAGAACCACACUGAAUACCAAAGAGAUAUUAAAAUAUUUUUUUGAAGUUAAACUCAGGCUUGUUUUGACCAGUCCACUGAGCUUCUCAGUGCCUGCAUUGCCACAUAGCUAGUCCAUAUGCAUGGAAUACUAGUAGUCAUACCAUGACAAAGAUCACCUCUAUGAUUGGAUUUUGACAGAUUGGAUUCAAUCUGAUAAAAAAUCUUGGAGUUUUAGAAUACAUGUUUUCAUGUGCUAAUUUUUAUUUGAAAAAAUUAUUUGUUUCAAGGUUUUUUUUGUAAGCUUAGUCACUCCUGAGAAUUGGUAUAUUUGAAAAGAUUUGAUUGAGAAAUGCAAACUCUAUUAAUCUUUUGAUUACGUAUGGAAAGACUUUGCUGCUGCUGCAGAAAAUAUAACCAGUGUCUUUAUUUUAUAUAGUUCCUUUCCUUCCAAUUCAUUUCACUGGCUGUGCAGAUAUAGAGCUAUGUCUGCAUUAGUAAGCAGUGCAGCCUAGUAGAAUGAAAUACGUAAAAUAGAAUAGUUGGUGCUGAGAACCCUUGUCCACAUUGUAUGUGUUUCAGAGGUUUUAGGCAGACUAGGUCUUGUUCUGUCCUGUAGACUGAAUUCCCUUUAAGUGCACUCAUGGAAUGCAUCCUCUGUUUUGGUUGAAUAUGUAGGGAGCAGACAGGGAGGAAGUUCAUCUAAAGCAGUUAUGGUUCAAAAAAAACCUGCUCAAUAGAAUUCAACUGCAUUAUAUCAAAAUGCAGGAAAGGGAUUGACGUAAAGUGUGCAUACAAUUUACUAUUUACGUACAAAGUCAUGAGCUUGGCUAGACUGUUUGUUUGAAGUACUCGUAAGAACUCUCAAAAACUUUUAAAUUUAUUUGCUAAGAUGUUAUUUUUUUUUUCCUCUCAUACCACCUCCUGUAACCUAGUGUAUGCACCGUCAUUUUGGAUUGUUAAAACAGUUCUGAGACAGAAGGAAGAGGGUCACCUUCCAUGUGCUGCACCAUCACUUGCUAAUAAUCUUGGUACAUUCCCUGACAUUACUGCAUGCUGUUGCUAACAGGCAAUGUGACUGUGCCUGACAUCUUAAAAUAUGAUGGGAUUGCAGUGUAAUGAAGUAAUAUUAAAACCUUUCUAGGAUAUGCAAAGGAGACUGUAACCUCUUUAGAGUGUAUCAAGUUCUCCAUUUUUUUAAAGCAAAAGUAGGUGUUAACAGAUAUGUGUGUUUAAUAUGAGUACAUGCAUGCUAACUGAGCUGUUAAUCGAUCCAUGUUCUAGCACAGGGGACUGAACAGCCUGUAAGCCAACGUAAACUUCUUGUCAAGAGAUAUAUUUUGUUUUGCUAUUGGUUGCACUAGGCAUGCCAAUGUUUUGUAGUUUUGGAGGCUGUGCAGUUAAAUCUGGUACUCAGAACUAAUCUGUGUCCUUUGUUCUUGGUAUACUUCUCUGCUCUCUAAAGCAAGUUCAUCAUGUAUAAGAAGACUCCUGUAGUUCCUGAAAUUGUAGCAUUACUGUAAUUUUUAGGAAGAAGGGAAGACCAGUGCUUUAUUUACUUUAAGGCUUCAGUAAUGUAUCUUUCUUGGUUUUCAGUUCGCUCUGCUCUCUACGCCAAUGCAGCAGUCACCCUUCACUUCUGGACUUCAUUGUUAAAUGAUCCAGACAGCACCCCUCUGCAGUGUCUACCCUGAUAAGGCCUUGAGGCCAUUAUUCCCUUGCCUAAGCAUCUGGUGGAAGCAAGGAGAUUGGAGUUACUAUAUUAUGUAGGAAAGCAAAUAUGUAAAAUUAGAGAGUUAAGAUUUGUCUUCCCUAACUACCCUUCCUUCCCUCAGGACUUGAUCCUUUUAUGUCUACAUCAGUGAACUGAGGAGUAACUCUGAUGAGGUCAGUAAAGUUUAAUGAGUGUGUAACUGAUGCAGCAGGAGGCAGAAACAAGCAUAAUUUGAUGGUGGUUGAGGUUACAGAGUACUGCAGUUCUGGUUGGAACAGGACAGAAAGGAAAAUAAUUCUUCGGUCGAACUGAAGGCCUGGAAGCUUGCUUGCUAGGCAGUGUCAAGCAUAUCAUCAAAUUACUGACCAGUGUGGCGGACAAUAUUGUGUUUCCCUGGCUCUUCUUGGAAAAUCUAUCACAGCUUCCCCAAGCCAUAAAUUCUCAUGUGUGGCUGCAUUCCAGAUCUAAUAAUAAAUAGAAACCUUCUGGAUGGGGUGGAAGGAGGCUAUUUGGGGGAUUUUGCUGAUUAAAGCCUUUCUGAUAUGAUACUGUAAACUAAGGUCUUUUAGUCAAAAUAAUUGUAACACAGACUUUUAAAUAUUUCCUUUGGAUAGCCACAAAUAAAUAAGUUAGGUCUGUAUAUGCAGAAAAAGCAUUGGCUUGAAAAGGGUAGGCAAAUGUUGUCUUUGUAACUCUUCAUUUGUAUAUACCCAAGGUAGGUACAGUUUGUUGCCAAAACAUCAGGGAAGAUAUGGAAGACAAAUGGAGAUGGUGAAAAAUGCAGGGAAGAAUACAGUCAUUUCAUUGCUGAGCUAUGUGAUGGAUUGUAGUAUUUUUGAUAUUUAUUAUGUAUUGUUGUAGAAAGUCAACAAGAAAGCUGGAUUUCAAAGACUGCACAAUUAUUGGAAUGAAAAACAGGAAAAUGUCUGUCAUGAUUACUGUGAUUUUAGUUCUUUAUUAUGAUGUGAUAUUUAUUAGGCUGGGAAAUAAGAUAUUGUAUAUAUAAGCUAUCUAUUUAUUAUUAUGAAAAGAUGCCUGUGCCAGACAAACUACUGAGAGAAUAGAUGUUAUGGGUCUACUGUGUCAUAGUUGUGAGUUAUGUUGUUUAAUGCGUUUGGAGAACUUGGUAAUCAGAGCGUAGCAAUGUGGCCAUUAGGGACUUGGAUGUAAUAAGCAACAAUGAGAGUGUUGUGUACUAGAUGCCUCAUCUUUCACAGCAGGGAUGUAAACAAUAAAAGAGAAAAUAUAGAAGCUGAGGGACAGGGAGAAGGAAAAAGUGAUCAGUAAGGAACACGCUUUUUGACACAGCAUGUUUUUUCUUACUGCAAUAUACUGUCUUGCAAUCAGCUGCCUCAACUGCCUCUGUUAUUCAGGCAACUUACGGACGAUGGAAUAGCAGUAGAUCUCAUGUGGCACAGCUGCCCAUUCCCGACCUGCAGCUAUUUGAACCUCUAUGUACUUGUCAGCUAGCCAGUUGCUGGGAUUUUUUUUUGAAAUACUAAGAUGAAUCACAGCUCUUUCCCUGAAAGAGUAAUAGUAUGAUUCCUAUCUAGAUGCCCUAAAUAUAAAUUUAAGCUGUUUUCCCAGGCUGGCUAUUGAAGCCAGUGCCACUUCUCAUUUCUUCGUUUGCUCCAGUUGCUGUCUGUCCACAUGCCUUUUCCUUAUCUGGUUAAGGGAUGGUUUGGACUAGAAUGAGAUUGCAGCUCUAGAUGAUAAUGGCUGAAAACAGUAUGAUCCACAUUCAGUAGCAGAGAGAGAAAACAUAGCUAGUGUUUUUUCUGUUUGAUUAUAUUCAGUUAAAUACUUCUAUUUAUUCACAUUCUAAAAUAUGUUUUACAUAUAUGUUUAGGAAUAGUUUAUGCAUUCAUAUAAUGCCUAGCCAUUGGAGACCCAGUCUCAGCUGAACACUGAGAACAAAUGAAACAUAUGUAUGUAUGUGUAUAUAUAUAUAUAGAUAAAAACUAUGAUACUUAAUAUUAAAAGUCACAGAGUGCAUUUCUUUGAUACUGCAUUUUGCAAAAUAUCUGCAGUCACAAAAAUACUCUUGAAACUUUUCUGUAUAUUUCAGUGCGGUUUUAAAAAAUGUUUGGAUUUUGCAUGUGCUUUCAUUGUAGCUUGGAAACUAUCAUGUUGUUAUGUGCGUUGGUGAUUCUUGGGGAAAAAAUAAUUACUAAAAGAAAUCGUGUGUUUGAUUUAGGUGCUGGGGGCAUGCUCUUAAGUUUUACUGAUAAGCCUAGAUCUCCAGAUAUGCUGUUUUGCUGGAGAUGCCAUGUUUUCAGAGUUAAAAUAGUGUCCCUGCUGUCUUGAAAUAAUUUAAAGACUGUGCUGCCUUUCAUGGAAUAGUCUUGAUAAAUUGAAAUGUUCUUGAUAACAGCUAAUUACUCUUACUGACGAAAAUCUAUGUCAGUGUUUCCUUUUAGUGCAUUUCUUAUCCUCUGGCACUCUGCAUCUGUUGCAUAUGCCCAUGUCUUAAGAGGGUGCUCUGCAGGUGCUGAAAAGCCACGUGAGAGACUCCAAGACCCAGUAACAUCAGAGACAAUUCCUUGGUUAUGCAACUGUUAAGCUGCACUGGACACCUUCACUGCUUUCCUUAACGCUGUGUAUGAAAUAUCUUCCAAUUCAGAAUUUAUUUGCUCUAUAAUUAAUUUCAUAUACAAGCCUGUAUCUUAAAAGAACAUAAAGGUCAGAAGUCAAUUAAUGGUGGGCUAUGCUAGAAUUAAAGUUUUCCAAGCAACCUUAAUUCAGCUACUUUGUGUGUAUCAUCAUGUAGACUUUAAUUACUUAGUCACAAGCUACUUUUUCUCCAGAAAUCAUGCUGUGUUCAAUGCCUAGUUUAAACUGUGCUUUACAGUAUUGUAAUUUCUCUUUUUUAUUCAAUAAUGCUUGUUGCCCACUGUAGAAACCUGUUCCCAAAUACAUAUUAUUGAUUUUCAGCUGUGGUCAUCACAGUAUUUGUAUUUGAGUUCUUACAAAUCCAUUUGGGAAUCUGUUUUCACAUAUAUCCUUGUAUUUCACAGCAUGAAUAUUAUGCCUGGUCUGCAGAAAGAAAACUGAGGCACAUGCUCCAAACUGUUCAUAGUUCCAUUUCCUCAUCUGAUGGGUUUUAGGGUAAUGAAGGUAAUGAAUGCUGAGACUAGGGGAUUUUGUCUCUUCCCUAAAGUGCUUUACAGUAUAGAAUUACCUACCCUCUUUUUACCAGCUGAGUAGGCCUUGUGGCUUGAACCUUUAGGCCCGGCAGAAUCCUAUUUUUGCCUGGUGUUUCCAUUUCCACAUUGUUUUAGACAUUCUUUGCUGCAAUUGAAAGUGCAGCCUAUGACUCUUCUGAGUGCUACUUCCACCACUAGUGCCUUAAACAGUAAAAAAUCAGGCCCUAAGUUUACCGGGCCCAGCCUGCUCCAUUGGCCUAAUUCUCCAUAGAUGGUCUGCAUGCCAAGGUAACCUGUGAAGUAGGUGCGAGGGGGACUGCUGAGCCAUGAGAAAGAAUGAAAAUGUCUCUUGGUGUUCCAAAAGCUCAUUCAUAACACAGUAGUCUGCCCCAGAGAAGUCCAAGAUACAUUUGAAUCCAUCCAUUUGAGCUUCAAAAUAAGAUUUCUGCUGAAUGCUUCUAUCAGGGGAAAAGAGGACAGGGGAAGAUGUGCUCAGACUCUCUCAGCUAGAAAAUGAAUUUCAGAGUUUACUAUAAAUAUAUGUGGAGCCUUACAGCCUAGGGAUAGGCUCACCUUUGUCCUAGUUCCUGGCUCAGCCCACAGUAACUGUUGUCCAUAUGAAUUUAUCAAAAGUACCUAGAACAAAAUCUGACAUGAAAGACCAUGAAUUCAGUUCAAAUAUGAAAUUCAAGAAGAUUACAGCUAUUCCAGAUUUAACUCCAGGACACAACAGAGGACUAAACUACAUAUUAGCCCAGCUCCACUGCAUUUAUCCUGUGGAGAAAUUGGCUUCAAAGUGAGCAAAGGUGGGAAUACUCUCAUCUUGUCCUCCGCUUAUGCUAAGUGAAACUCACAUAGGGAGAGAAGUGAGCCAGUCAAGAACCAGCUGGCUCAUCCAGAGGGACUGAGACUGUGCAAGAGCCGUCACCAUGACUGGUUUAUUGCUGGUAAUGAUUUUAUGAGCAACCAGUCUUGUACUGGAAAAUAUGAUGUGCAAAACUGUUACCUGUUGCUCCUCAGAUAAGAAUAUGGCCAAAGUUAGCAGGAGAGGUCAUAGAUGGACAGAGUGCAAUUGUCUUCAGACGAGAAAUUGGAAAAUUCAGGCCCUGUCGCUUACAUGUCAGAUGUAGCAAGAACUUUGCUCAUUUUCUCAGUGCUGAUUCUUCAUACAUCUGACUGUCAGAGUAAAGCUUUGUUGAUCAAGCUGUAAGAACAGCCGUUCUGGAAAGGGAAAACUUGCACUGUACAUAUUGCAAAAAGAAUGUAAAACCUUAUCCCCGUUUGGCAGUAAUUCAGGUUCAGCCUGACACUGCCUUAUACAGGGAUGAAUUUACCCCUUUUACUGAUCUUCUUAUUACUCCUGCGGAAUGAAGAAGUAGCUGAUACUCACUUUUACAGAUGGGCAAUGCAUACAACCAAGUUACUUUCCUGACUAUAUUGCUUUAAAUUCAUUGACAUUAGUGAAAUUACACUGGUGUAUGUGGAUGGAGAAAUGAGGCCAGAGAGACUGCAACUUGUCUAAGGUCAUUCAGUGAAUCAGUACAAAUGCUGAGUUUAGAACACAGCCGUGUCUGAUUUCCAGUGCCCAUAUCCUGUGCCCGUAAUCUCUACCUCAUGCCACAGUGAUUUGAAACCUGCCAGGUCUCGUCUGUGUCCCAUAGUUAAUUAUUGUCUGGAAAUUUUGACUUAGUUGACAGUGUAUCUAGAUAAAGAAAUAUAUAUUGUCCAUGUAUUCAUUAUCUGGCACACAUCUCUUCUCUUUUCUCAGGGUGACCCAAACUAUUCCUGAAUAACGUGCAUUUUUUAGAAAAUAAUCUGGGUUAAAUAGAUUAUGGGCCAUAGACUGGCUCACUAAGGGAUUUUUUAGCUGCUAAUAUUCAUGAAGUAUAAACUGUUUACAGUUGCAGGCCUUAGCAUUGCACUAGACCCACAAUUACUUGCUUGCUUAAAAUUUUUGUGUAAGAAGGCUAAGUUAACAUUGGGCAGUAGCAGCCAGGAUUCUGAGAGUACAUGACGGUUCUUCUGAAGCUUUGUGAUAGGCCAUGCUGUACCCCUAGUCCUGCCCCAUUCUCAUCACUGAAUCAUUUUUAAAAUCCUGGAUCUGUCUCACCAUUUUUCCAAUCUUACGCCAGCACUAUUUGUAGUUUCCCCACCUGUUACCAUGUGUAUUACAUUGUGACUGUCUGCAUAUUGCUCUGUAACUCCAGUCUGCCAGCAGACUGACUGUCUUGUAUAUAAAUUGCCAUAUACAUUUACCAAUUUUUCCCUUGUUAUUACAUUUCUAAUCUAUGUAAGGCAUCUGUCAAAGCUUCUGAUUUUGUUUGCUUCGUGAUCUGUCUUUAUGAGUUGCACCUACCCAGGCAAGAACCAUUACAUAAAUGGUACAUAAAAGGCAUCAUCAAGAGGCUAGCUCGAGUGAGACGGGAGUUCAGGUAUUGCUGCUUCUUGUGGAAUAUUUGAUAGAAAUAUGUAAGAAUAUAAGGGCUGAAGGCUCUUCUUAUUCAUGAAAGGCAUGAUCUUGUGUAGUGUUCUCUGGCAGUAGUCAUCACUGGAGGGUUCGUCCUCUGCUAUGUUACAUCUUUCAGCACUCGCACUGGAGUCUGUGGUUAUUAUUAUGUAUCAUAGUACUUCAUAGUGGUGUUGUGGCAGAGACCAGAUGUUGCAUGUUUCCUGCUAAUAUCUGCCUUGAAGCCUCCCUGAGAAUCAGGUCUAUCUGCUGUACAGGCUGCAAGUGUGGCCCUAGGAAUGGCAGGGACAUCUCCUCCAGAGUAUAAGGGACCCCAGAUGCCUUAGCAAGUCUGACAUACUAGCACACUGCCAAGCAUGUUUGGGAGCAGGCUACACACAGACCUGUGAGAGAAACGUGGAGGUGAAGGGCACGGGGAAGUCGAGUGCACUGUAAUUAUAAUUGUUCUGCAGGCUGAUCAGGGUUUUUAGAGAGAAAAAACGUCUUUACCCCUCUGGGUAAAGAUGGACAUUAAGGGCCAAAGGAAGCAUUGCUGACACUAUGUUAGAGAAGGAAGAGUGGCAGCGCAGCAAGCUUUUUUGUAUAUCUCUUAGGGAGAGCAGUAUAAUGGGCCAACACUUAGCCUUUUGGGAAAAUUUCACCUGAAGUGACUUGCUAAAGGUCAUAUAGGGCGUCUUAAGCCAGUCUGGAUUACCCAGUGUCUCAGCCCCAUGAUUUUCCCUCCUCUCAAAGAGCUGGCAAAACCCAGCAAUCUCAGUGCAGUCAGCAUUUUCUCCGUACUCCUGAAGCUCAAACUAUGCUUUGGUAGUAUUUGUUCUAUAAAUGUUUCUUGCUACACUUCAUCCAUGGCUGCCUUUCAGAGGCAGAGUAAGUUGUUUCUAUAUAUAACUGAUGAAGCACUUUGGGAUCUUCUGACAAUGUCAGUCAUUACCAUGAAGGCACAAAUGCAUUUUUCAGCUCUUCCUCCAUUUGUAUUUCCCAACAUGUCAUUUGAAACAGCAGACUUUUAAAAAAGACUAAUAUAAUGUAUACUUAGCUAUUUUAUAGCUAACUCCAUCACACAUGAGUAGGAGGGGGACUUUUAGGAGUCAAAAUUUGGGUCUCGGUGCUAGGUAUGGCAGGACUUACAUACUCAGUGCCCAUUGUGCUGCUUUUGCUUAGCUCAGGCAGAAACAGAGCUUUGGUUCCCGGAUGUAUGCUUCUCUUCUCUCUGCUCUUUUCCCUUUUCUGUGUGUUCAUUUCAGGAAUAUGAAGCAAGUUUAACAUUUAUUCACUGUUUUUGAAUAUAGAUUUUAUUUCUUGGUUUUGUUUUGAAAUUGCAAAACAGUGUAUUUGUUUAUUACAUUGAAGAAGGCAGCUUAUUUGUUUUUAUUACAUGAAGAGUGUUUAUUUCUCCCAAAUCUAAUAAAAAAGAAAAUACAUUUUAUAAUACACAUCUUACACUUCUGCUAAGAUUUGAGUAAUUCAUGCAUCAUUUUUAACAGAAUCCAACAUUCUGGCCCAAUCUGAAUGAUCAAAGUUGUCUUUAAAUAAUUUGAAUUUUUUAGGUUAGGCUUUAAACUAGUGGGUAUUUGCUACAAGCAGAAGGACAUUAUAUGCAGCAAUUAUGAUAUGCUUUGAAAAUAGAAGGGCUUUUUGAUUCCCAUUUUAAGAUUCUGUUAACAGUUUACAGAAGAGAACAAUUACUUUGAAUUUCUUUUAUAUUUCAUUGACAUCUCUCUCAAAAAACCAUCCUACUGUUCUUUUUCCUAGAGAAACAGGCCGUACCUGUUGCAAGAUGAUUCCUUAAAGACUCACCUGCCAAUUUAUGGCGCUGUCACAAGGUUCCUCAUCUUCCUGUGACCUUUCCAAAACAGUUGAGGCAGAUGUAAACUAUUGUAUUUCUUAUACAGAAAUGUUAAAGCUGAAAACUAAUGAUGAUCAUUUUCACAUCAUUUGAUUGCUUCACAGAUGAUUAUUUAAGUAGAGAAACCUGGCUAAUUCCUUAUUCUAGUCUGACAAAGUUCAGAUAGAAGAAUAAUCUGGAGGAAUAUUGUUGGUUGCAGUGUUUAAAAUUUUUGAAGCUUCAUUAAAACGUUGGGUUUUUUUAAUCCUUAUUCUAAGGUUUUGUGAGAGACAAGAAUAAGAAAAGGGUUGAAUGGAUUUAAUGUCUGAUGAACAGUGAAAAUAUGGAGGAAGGAGUUCUUGAGAGAAUGAUAGGACUGCUUUUGGGGAGCAAAUGGGUAUUAAAAAUAAAUUGUGUGAAGCAAUUUUCAUUUCAUUAAAAAAAUGACACAAGCUGGUACAGGAGGUGAAAACCGUGCCUUCCUUUAGUUAGAAAAACCCUUUGACUUUCAAGUGGCUUAAUGGAAAGCAUGCCAAGAGGCUUUUGCUUAGGCAGUAUUAGUUUCAUAAGUUGGAACUGAAAUGAAGGAAUACUGAAUGAGUUUCCCCACAGAUCUGCUGUUCCAUUUAGGAAAAUGUUGGCCUACUUGGUGCUCCUUAUGCAUGGAAAAUGGAAAUCAUAUCUGAUCACCACAAUGUUCUCCUGAGGUGAAGUCAUUCUUCUGGGUAAGCCUUUACUAGCAUUUAUAUUAGCAUGAACUACAACUGCAUACCUCUUGCCAAAUAAAAGAUAAAAAUAGUUGACAAUUGAGCGCUGCUGUAUCCAUUUCUGACCUCCCUGAGCCAUCUUAUUUCCUCUAAUUUGUCUGGAAAUCAUGAAUACUCUUUUUGUGCUACCACAUUAUUGGCAAUCUGUGUCAUUUCUACCUCAGGCAUACCUACUGGCUCUCAGUGUCCUUGUCAGAUUAAAAUUCCUUAUCUAUACGGGUCACUGUGUUUCUUCCUCUGUCUCUGCCUAGGACUAUUGUCCUUUCUUUCUUGCCCAGCUUACUUAUUUCUCUUGUUUGAUCUGAUUUUCUUUCUCCUUAGGGAUACAUGCUUUGUAGCUGUGAGACUUUGCCAGCUUCAGUGGGGAUAGUCCUAAACUACCUGAUGUGGGAAUAAGCCAACUGAAGCACGCUGCUGCCUGUUCAUGACUGCUUUCUUCAUGCUACUCUGCUGGGCACAGCUUUCUUUUUCUCUAGGUGGGCUGGAAGAGGCAGCUCCCUUUCCACUUCAAAUUUGGUGUCAGAAUUCCAUUUUGGCUGUCUUUCUACUACAGAGCUUCAUUCAUAUGCUUCUCGUUACCAUCUGCACAGUUAGUUUAUAAAACUAAAUUAAAGUAGUAAACAAAAUACCAGCUACUCCUCCUAAAGCUCCAUCUAUAAAUAUCUUCCUUGCCUACUCAUGCUGUUUAAUGAAGAAAAAGUAAACAGAGAACCUAAAACAGGUUUGAUUACAUCAAAAUAGGCAGUUCUGUUAAAAUCAGGACAUCGCAUUUAGUUUCCUAUUUCCUAUUUUAAAAAGCCCAGUUCUCUCAAAAGCACACUGACAAAACUGAAGAUCCCUAUUUUGACAUUUGCAAAAUGAAAAUUUUAGAUUUUUCAUUCUGAAAUAUUUUUUCAUCCGAAAUGAACUAUCAUGCUCUACCAAGUGGAUUUUUAAAAUACUUUUCCCUUAUAGAAAAAAUGUGGAUUUAUUUGGUUUGGAUUUGCCCUGAUUCGGAAGGAACCUGAAAUUUUUUGAUCUCUCCGUCUUCCCAUUCUCCCUACAAUUUUAGCUGCUGGUUCCUUGGAACAAUGAUGACAAUUGUUUUUUGUUUGUUUGUUUGUCUUUCUUGUUACUAAAGUACUAUUUACCUAUGCACGUAGUGAACAUGAAGAAAUAUACAGUGAAUUUGCAGUAGUGGCUAGCUGUGUUUUGAGUAAAUUCAGUUAUUAAAAAAAACCCCAAAACCUUAAUAACCUUUCUUCAGAACUCUAGAAAACCUGGGGCGAUUUCCCUUUGAUUUCCAGAAAUCUAGAUAUGGAGCUGAUUCCAGUGCUAAUCACAGUGCGAUCGGAUACUCUUUGUCAUCAUAAUGCCUCCAUUUUAUUCCAUGACACAGGCAGUCUGACCCCUGUUAUAUGAUGAAGGCCAACAAAGAGUGUGCGUCUUCUGACUAAUAUGUCUCUCUAUGAAACCCUCAGUACUGGUAAGGCUUACCUGCACUGCACGGUGGGGAGUAGUGUGGUGACAUCUGACUUCAUCCACAUCUGUCCCCAGAGGAGGCAGUGCUGGUGGAAAGCACUAGGCUAGUUGCAGUGGCUCAACUGUAAUGCAGCAGUUGGGCUUGCUUUCUGCAUAAAAGGUCCCAGGUUGGUCACUUUGUCAAUGCAGGACAGUUGUUCACACAGGAGACAGCUCUGGUUCAGAGCAUCAUCACUUUACAUGUAUACUUCUGUGACUUUUGUGACUUCUUCCUACUUUUCCUGUGCUGUUAUAGUGAAUAAGAAGAAAUUGUGUUGCUCACUUCAAAGGCUUAAAUAGUCAUUUAAGUGGUUGAAAUUGAACAUGUAUCACAAAAUAUAGAUGACUACCCAUUUGUAAAAAUAAUCCACACAAAAUACAUCAGCAUCCACAUAUGUGUACAAAUAUGAAAUAUGUUGCUUUGUAAUCAUUAUUUGACAUGGGCUGAGAGUUCCAUGAAGUAGUACUCAUUUGCAGUGGAACAAAAAUUCCAGGCACAGCAUUCAUCAACAUUUGCUUCUUUAAAGAUGGAAACGCAGUAGCAACUUUGAGAAUAUUUGUAUUGAGUAAGUGAGAAGCGUGUGGCGCUGACAUAGCUUCUUAGGUUUGGAUUUUUAGAUUGUUUAUUUUCUAGUAUGUAGUUCAAUUUUAGAAAGUUAAGCUUGCUUUGACUGUGUGAACCAUUCUUCUGAAUUGAAAUUCGCAACCUCAGUGUUGCAUUAAUGAAGUUUUUUGAACUGUUGGGUAGGUAUUAUCUGUGUAUGUAUAUGCUUUCUUCUAGAGUUAUAGGAUAGAAGGCAACUUGGCAGAAAACAGAGCUUUAAUUAGCAAUAUGAAGUGCAGGCAUAUGCUGUCAAGCUGUUACUAAUUCUGGUCAUUCAAUCACAUUGGCUUAGAGACCUUUAGUUGCCCACACCGAACAGUUCUCACCUCUUCUGUUUGGCUUUGUCUUUCAUGAUUUCCAAAAGCUCAGCUUGUGUGAGUAUUUUCUAUUUGUAAGUAAGGUUCAAAUUGUAUCCAAUAAGGACAUUGCUAGAGAGGAUGACCUUGGCUGGUGAUACCGUGCAGGCAUUGACAGACUAGAUGAAGAACAUAGUAAACUUGCCAAUUCCCAGAAGAAAUACUGUCGCCAGGACGACUGAAACGAUAUGACACAGGAGAUAAGGGAUAUGCUUGCCAGCAUGCUUGAUCGCAGUGCUCUUUUCAAAUUUUACCCAGCAGAAAACACAGAUGAAUGGUUCUUGCCACACAUUUAUAAAAUUACUGCUUCCACACACCUUUGCAUGUGCUUCUUGGUACCUGCUUUUGGGAAGCACUGAGCAUGUUUCCUGGAAGAAAAAGAUGUUGCUUUGCCAAGUUGUGCUUCCAUACUCUCUGGUUUAAUUCCAGACCUGAUCUCCUUUGUAAAUUGUUUCCUCUCUCGUGUGCUCUCAUCUGCACUGGCUCUUGUGAUCCUUAAUCAGAAAAGCUAAGCGGGAAGUGACUCAAAGGUCCACAGACUCUAAGCAAAUGGUAAGUAAUGUAAUGCAACAUUUGCAAAUCAUAGACAGCUCUUAAAAAAUAAAAAUACAUCUAAGUAAAAGAAAAGAGAGAUCUUGAAAGGUGGAAAGACAAACAGACAAUCGAGAGCAAUGCUUUGGGUAGAGAGAUCCCGGGAAGUGACUGCCCUCAGCCAGCCUUGCCCUCCUGGGGACACAGUCUGGCUUGCGGGGCACGGGAGCAGCGCCGCGCCAGAAGCUGCACUGUGCCACGUGACGGCCCAGCGGGGAUAAUAAGCCGCAGCAAUGAGCCGCGCUGGGCUUCUCCGGAGACUCAGCCGCAGGGACCUGCAGCAGCAGCAGCAGCCAGAGGGAAAGAGAGAGAAGGUCACCACAGGUCAGCUCCUACCUGACAGCUUCAGCCUCUGCUCUGAGCAGGACUCAUCAAUAUUCACACCCUGUCACCUCAGAAAAAGAAAAAGAGAAAGAAAAAAGACAGUACUACCAACCCAUCAGCAACUAAACUAAACUAAGACGACAACAACAACAACAACAACAGUUUGAAAGUAGUCAAAGUCACAGCAGUUGAAGCUGAUCCUGGGUAGCAUGAAUCAGAUAGAAACAAACAUGCAGUACACCUACAACUAUGAAGAAGAGGAGUACAUGACCCAAGAGGAAGAAUGGGACAGAGACCUGCUCCUGGACCCAGCAUGGGAGAAACAGCAAAGGAAGACGUUUACAGCCUGGUGCAAUUCCCAUCUCAGGAAAGCAGGCACACAGAUUGAGAACAUUGAGGAGGACUUCAGGAACGGCCUCAAACUGAUGCUCCUUUUGGAAGUUAUCUCAGGGGAAAGACUACCAAAACCAGACAGAGGAAAGAUGCGCUUCCAUAAAAUUGCUAAUGUCAACAAAGCUCUGGAUUAUAUCGCUAGCAAAGGAGUGAAACUUGUGUCGAUUGGUGCAGAAGAAAUUGUUGAUGGUAAUGUGAAAAUGACGCUGGGUAUGAUCUGGACUAUUAUCCUUCGCUUUGCUAUUCAGGAUAUUUCAGUGGAAGAGACCUCUGCCAAAGAAGGGCUGCUGCUGUGGUGUCAAAGAAAAACUGCUCCUUACAGAAAUGUGAACAUUCAGAACUUCCAUCUUAGCUGGAAAGAUGGCCUUGGAUUAUGUGCACUUAUCCACAGACACCGACCUGAUCUUAUUGACUACUCCAAGCUAAAUAAGGAUGACCCCAUAGGAAAUAUCAAUCUUGCCAUGGAAAUUGCUGAAAAGCAUUUGGAUAUCCCUAAGAUGCUGGAUGCAGAAGAUAUAGUAAACACUGCCAGACCUGAUGAAAGAGCCAUUAUGACUUAUGUUUCCUGUUACUACCAUGCAUUUGCUGGUGCUCAGAAGGCUGAGACUGCAGCUAACCGGAUCUGUAAGGUGCUUGCUGUGAAUCAAGAAAAUGAGAGGUUGAUGGAAGAAUAUGAGAGAUUAGCAAGUGAGCUUUUAGAAUGGAUUCGGCGGACAAUUCCUUGGCUGGAAAACAGGACCCCAGAAAAAACAAUGCAGGCCAUGCAAAAGAAAUUAGAGGACUUUCGAGACUACCGCCGCAAACAUAAACCUCCCAAAGUCCAGGAAAAAUGUCAGCUGGAGAUCAAUUUCAACACCCUGCAGACAAAACUGAGGAUCAGCAAUCGGCCAGCUUUCAUGCCGUCGGAGGGAAAAAUGGUUUCAGAUAUUGCUGGUGCUUGGCAGAGGCUUGAGCAAGCUGAGAAAGGCUAUGAAGAGUGGCUGCUGAAUGAAAUACGAAGACUGGAAAGACUUGAACACUUGGCUGAGAAAUUUAGGCAGAAGGCUACCACUCAUGAACACUGGGCAUAUGGCAAAGAGCAGAUCUUACUUCAGAAGGAUUAUGAAUCUGCUUCUCUGACAGAAGUUCGCGCUAUGUUGAGGAAACAUGAAGCUUUUGAGAGUGAUUUGGCUGCUCACCAGGACAGGGUGGAACAGAUCGCUGCCAUUGCCCAGGAGCUGAAUGAACUGGAUUAUCAUGAUGCCGCAAGUGUCAAUGAUCGAUGCCAAAAGAUAUGUGACCAAUGGGACAGACUGGGAACACUUACUCAGAAAAGGAGAGAGGCACUGGAGAGGACAGAGAAAUUGCUGGAAACAAUUGAUCAGCUUCACCUGGAGUUUGCCAAAAGAGCUGCUCCUUUCAACAACUGGAUGGAAGGUGCUAUGGAAGACCUACAGGACAUGUUUAUUGUUCAUAGCAUAGAGGAAAUUCAGAGUUUAAUCUCUGCACACGAUCAGUUUAAAGCUACUUUGCCAGAGGCGGAUGGUGAAAGACAGGCCAUACUGUCAAUCCAGAAUGAAGUUGAGAAAGUUAUUCAGAGUUACAACAUGAGAAUAAGCUCAAGCAAUCCUUACAGCACUGUAACUGUGGAAGAAAUCCGUACCAAGUGGGAAAAGGUGAAACAGCUGGUGCCUCAAAGGGAUCAAUCCUUGCAGGAGGAGCUAGCCCGCCAGCACUCAAAUGAGCGCCUACGUCGCCAGUUUGCUGCUCAGGCCAACGUCAUUGGGCCAUGGAUCCAGACCAAGAUGGAGGAAAUUGCCCGCAGCUCUAUUGAAAUGACGGGGCCUUUGGAGGACCAGAUGAAUCAGCUGAAGCAAUAUGAGCACAAUAUCAUCAACUAUAAAACCAAUAUUGACAAACUGGAAGGAGAUCAUCAGCUUAUACAAGAAGCCCUGGUGUUUGACAACAAGCACACCAACUAUACUAUGGAGCACAUCCGUGUUGGAUGGGAGCUCCUACUUACCACCAUUGCUCGAACUAUCAAUGAGGUUGAGACUCAGAUCCUCACAAGAGAUGCCAAGGGUAUCACCCAGGAACAAAUGAAUGAAUUCAGAGCAUCAUUCAAUCAUUUUGACAGGAAUGAAUCUGGCAAGCUGCAGUCUGAUGAAUUUAAAGCCUGCCUCAUCAGUCUAGGACAGGUUGGAAAUGACCUGCAGGGUGAGGCUGAGUUUGCCCGAAUCAUGUCUCUGGUUGACCCCAAUGGGCAAGGAACUGUCACUUUCCAGUCCUUCAUUGACUUCAUGACCAGAGAAACGGCGGACACAGACACGGCUGAACAAGUGAUCGCUUCUUUCAGAAUCCUUGCUUCAGAUAAGCCUUAUAUCCUGGCAGAUGAGUUACGUCGAGAGUUGCCUCCUGAUCAGGCUCAGUACUGCAUCAAGAGGAUGCCUCCCUACACUGGCCCAGGUUCUGUUCCUGGGGCUCUGGAUUACACCUCUUUUUCAUCAGCACUGUAUGGAGAAAGCGACCUCUAAUUCUGUAAUUGACCGUAUUCAUGUUAGACACUAAAAAUACCCACCUGAUUUCCCAGAUUGCUUUUCAAAAGCUUUGGCAAGCCUAUUUAAAAAUGAGUUUUACAAAUACAGUAGGUACCUUCAGUGUAAAGUGCUAGUAACUAAACUAGUGUAUAUUAAAGUGUGCAGCACGCAUAGAUUUCUGCAUUGUUGGUUUUAGGUUGUCUAUCCUAUACAAUGCUAGAAAAUAUUUUGAAGAGAAAACAAAUUCCAGGAUAUUAACUUUGGGAAUAUCAACUGAGAAAAGAAAUUGUAAAACCUAAGAACACUUUAAAUUUAAAUUCUUAAGAUUCACAAAUUAUUUUUUUCAUUUUCAAAAGUCUCAAUGCCAUAUGUGCUUCUUUUACCAUGUUCAUAAAACUAUGUUAAAAUAACGCUCUUUCCUUUCACACUAUAGUAUUAUUUUUUCUCUAAUGAUUUAUGAUUUUGUAUGCUACUACUGGUGGAAUUUAACAAAACAUUAAAAUGCAAUUUUUCAGGGAAUAAAAAAAUCAACCAAGUAACUCCUUAAUCACUGAAAUAAUUCAGAAUGCUAUGUUUUGUCUCUUAAAGAUGGUUUUCUGUUAUCACAGAGAAUUGUAACAUAGGGAGGAAACAGCUGAAAAGCUGAUUAAAUUGCAGUUUUAGAGUUCUGUAAGCAGUACUUUUCUUUUAAUCCUUUAACUUUUACAGAUGAGAGAGUACAACUUUUAUAAUAAGAAAUAAAGAAGCUAAUUCAUGUGAGCUGUUUUGUUUUGAAACCCUCAUUCUUGUCUGUGUUGGACAGUCUUUGUUUCUCAGUAUAUGAAAGCCAGUCCCUUGUUGUAUUAGUGGGCAACAUUCAUCUCCAUUCUGCAUAAGCAAAAUCCCAUCUGAGCAAAUGUAGUGUAGUUGUCUUGCAGCUUUAACUGUACAGUGCUCAAAUUACAGUUUGUCUUGAGUUCUGCGGGAUCGCAGGCAGUUCUGUCUGUAUUCCGCUCCUGUGCGCUAGUUGUUUUACUGUUUUUUUUUCCAUCUUGAGAAAUGAUAGAGAAGUAAAAGCAGUAACUUUUUUACUUGAAUCCUGCUGUCACUGAAGAAAUGCAAUGUAAUCAAGCAAAACCAUUCACAAAAGGUGAAGUGAGCUGUGCAGCCCAGUGCUAUUAAAGCAAUGAUGUGCCUAUUAAAUAAAGUCUGCUUUUCAAAACCU